AUGUCAAGUUCUCCUAGCUCUCGGGCUUCGAGCCCAGAAUCAUCGUCCCCAAGUUCGUCCAUCCUAACAACCGCCACUGAGGGAUUCUCUUUGUUCGAUGAUCUGGUGAUCACCUCGUUCGCUGGGUCAUCUGAGAGCGAUGAAUAUAUUCUAGUGGUUGGGGGUCUAGGGUAUAUUGGAAGUCACACAUCAUGGGAGCUUUUGAAAGAUGGGCACAACGUCAUUAUCAUCGACAACCUGAGCAAUUCUUUCAGAUCUGUUCUCGAUAGAUUACUUUCCCUGAAGAAGGCGUACUUCAAGUCGACUUCUCAAGAGCCAUCUCUUCAAUUUUACGAGGCUGACUAUCGAGAUCAACCAACAAUGAAUCUUGUUCUCAAUAAAUACUCUUUCUCUGAGAGAACAAAUUUAUACAAAGACGGCAUAACGGUGGAGGCAGAGCAAUCUCGUCGAUCCAGAAUUUCGGGAGUCAUACACUUUGCUGCAUACAAGGCGGUUGCGGAAAGUAUACGACAGCCCCUCAAAUACUACUCGAACAACGUCGGCGGUCUCAUAAGCUUCUGCUCUCUCCUCAGCGACUUCGGCAUCAAGACUUUUGUAUUCUCAUCGUCUGCUACGGUCUACGGCGAGCAAGCUAACGGCACCGGCCGCAUCUCUGAAGAAUAUUGCACUCACGAAACGACCUCCUUCAUAGACGCCCACGGUCAAGCAAGAACCACGCAAAGCGGGUGCACGGGUCUCACCAAUCCCUACGGGCGCACCAAGUGGAUGUGUGAGGCUAUACUCCACGAUCUCGCAUCCGCAGACCCCGAAUGGAGCAUCUUCGCCCUACGCUACUUCAACCCAGUUGGGUGCGAUCCCUCCGGCAUGCUCGGUGAAGACCCACGUUCUCUGGCAAGCAAUCUCAUGCCCGCAGUGGUGAAGACGAUGACUGGCGAGUCUCCAGUUCUGCAGAUCUACGGAACCGAUUGGGAUACGAGGGACGGCACGGCGGUCCGGGACUUCAUCCAUGUAACAGAUCUUGCUCGCGGCCAUUUGGCAGCUUUGGCCACUGCUCCGAAAUUCAAGGGCAGGCUUCCAGGCCUUUAAUCUUGGAUCCGGAAUGGGAUAUUCGGUCCUCGAUGUUGUGGCUGCUAUGGAAGCUGUCUCUGGUAGGCGGCUUCCAGUGCAACUGUUGGGAAGGAGGGAGGGAGAUGUCGCUGUAUGCAUUGCUGAGCCGACGAAAGCGGCUGUAGAGUUAGGUUGGAGGACCGAGAAGUCUUUGGAGGACCGAGAAGUCUUUGGAGGAUAGUUGUACGGAUAUUUGUCGUUUCUUGGGUGUGAGUCCUGCCAUCGACACGGUUAUGAUUUGAACAUAGCUUCAACUUCGCCUG